AUGGAGAGUCCGGCCAAGAGAAGGAAGAAGAACGACUCCAAACCUGCCGCAGUGGCGCACCGCAGCCUCGAUUUCUUCUUUCGCAAGCAGAAUGAACAACAGAAGGAAGAGAGGAACGGCACGGUACCGCAUGAAGGCGUGGAAAUACAGCAGUUUUCGUCUCCGGAGAAGCGGUUGACGGACGAGGAGUUGGCCAGAAAGCUCCAAGAAGAGUGGGCAAGAGAAGAUGGACCGCAGCAGAGCAAUCGUGAAGACGCCAAUGGCCACCAGUUGCAAAAGCACGCAGAGACACAUGAGCACAAGGCGGAAGAAGACAUCAAAGACUUUGUAUCCGCUGCUCUUGAAAAGACCCCUCCACCCGAGCCUCUGCCACAGUCGGACGUGAACAAGAAAGGUGUACUUGGAUUGCAAUCUACUGCCUCAGAAGAAGAUACCAUCACAUUAACGAUUCCCUUUGAUCGGAGUCCUUUGCUGUUCGAACCUUCAAAAUAUGUCCCUGAUUUGAAGAGACACUGGGCGGCAGACGGAGGUCAUGCAUCAUACGCACUUCUGACUCGGUGCUUCGUGCUGGUCAAUUCAACUCAAAGUCGGAUCAAAAUCGUGGAUACAUUGGUCAAUUGCCUUAGGGUCAUUAUCGAGGCCGACCCUGAGAGUCUUCUGCCUGCUGUUUGGCUGGCUACCAACUCCAUCUCGCCACCUUACAUUUCUCUGGAAUUGGGUUUGGGUGGCUCUGCGAUUUCUAAGGCUUUAAAGAAGGUGUGCGGUCUCGAUGGUGCUGGGCUGAAAACACUUUAUGACAAGCAUGGAGACGCAGGAGAUGUCGCGUUCGAAGCAAAGAAGCGGCAGAGCUUCACACUGAGGAAACCGAAGCCGCUGACAAUCCAAAGCGCAUAUCAAACACUGGUCAAGAUUGCGAACAGUAAGGGCCAUGGCAGUGUCGAACAGAAGCAACGACUUGUGGAACGCCUCCUUCAAGAUGCGCGAGGACCAGAAGAAUCUCGAUACAUCGUGAGAACUUUGGUCCAGCAUCUGCGGAUCGGAGCAGUCAAGACGACCAUGCUGAUUGCCCUGUCACGGGCUUUCCAGCUCUCGCGUCCAGCAGGCGCGGACUUCCCCAUCCGAAACGCGGUCGAGCUAGCGAAACUUAAGAAAGAGGAAUUGGCCGUUGUAUGGUCAAAGGCAGAAGAGACCGUGAAGACAUGCUUUGCACGACGGCCAAACUACAACGAUCUCGUGCCUGGUCUCCUGGAGGUCGGAGUGUCAGAAGAACUGCUAUUACGUUGUGGCCUGGCAUUGCACAUCCCUCUCCGCCCCAUGCUGGGUAGCAUCACUCGAGAUUUGAGUGAGAUGCUCACAAAGCUACAAGGACGAGACUUCAGUUGUGAAUUCAAAUACGACGGCCAACGAGCGCAAGUUCAUUGUGACGAACGCGGUAAAGUGUCCAUCUUCUCUCGCCAUCUCGAAGUCAUGACAGACAAAUACCCGGACUUGGUGGCGCUGGUGCCCGAGAUCCGUGGCGACGGGGUAUCCAGCUUCAUCUUGGAAGGAGAAGUCGUUGCUGUCGACAGGCUUACAGGCGAGCUUAAGACGUUCCAGACCCUCACCAACCGGGCCAAGAAGGACGUCGACAUCGGUUCUAUACAGAUUGAUGUCUGCUUGUUUGCGUUUGAUCUCAUGUACCUCAAUGGCGAGCCGUUGCUUGAUCGCCCCUUCCGAGAGCGACGCGGUCUGCUUCGCAGCAUGUUCGUUGAGAAAGCACACCAUUUUACAUGGGUGAACAGCAUUGACGCCACAUCUGCCGAUUCAGAGGCUGUGUUGGAGUUCUUCAAGUCCGCAACGGACAUGAAAUGCGAGGGCAUCAUGGUCAAAGUGCUAGACAACUUGCCGAAUCCCGACCUUGUAGGCCCAGAAGAAGAAGAGGAAGAGGUGCUGCCCGCAGCUGCUGCACCAGUGACACCGAGCAAGAAGAAAGCUGGUGGCAAGAAAGGUCAAGCGGAGAGACAAGAGGAGAAGGAAAAGGGAACCCGUCGAAAAGCGCUCCUCGCGACAUACGAACCAGACAAACGACUCGACUCGUGGCUUAAAGUGAAAAAGGACUACGCCCAGUCCGCCGACACGAUCGACCUCAUCCCCGUGGCCGGUUGGCACGGCCAAGGUCGGAAAGCGAAGUGGUGGUCCCCGAUCCUACUCGCAUGCCGCAACCCGGAGACUGGUAGUUUGGAGGUGGUCACCAAGUGCAUCUCGGGAUUCACCGACAAGUUCUACCAGGCAAAUAAAGAAAAGUACGCCGAAGACGGCGACAACACGACGCGCACAAAACCGAGUUAUAUCGAGUAUUCUGCGUAUGAGCCCGACGUGUGGUUCGAACCGCAAGAAGUGUGGGAGAUGGCCUUUGCGGACAUCACUCUAUCGCCGACGUACACGGCCGCGAUCGGUCUGGUCAGUGAGGAGAGGGGGCUGAGUAUGCGGUUUCCCCGGUUUUUGAGGGUGAGAGACGACAAGAGUAUUGAAGAGGCGAGUACGAGCGAGUUCCUGGCUGGGCUGUACAGGAAGCAGGAGGCAAGGAUCAAGGAGACUGCCACGGGAAAGGCUGGGGGAGAAGGUGACGACGGUGACGGAGACGAGGUUGAAGAAUGA